AUGUCCGAAAGAACCACAAGGGAGAGUUUGUAUACAUUAUCAAAGGGUGUUGUUGAAAUAUUUGGAGACGUGUAUUUGCGGAAACCUUCGUUGCAUGAUUUGCAAGAAUUGUAUGUGGCGCAUAAAGAACGUCAUGGGUUUCCCGGAAUGAUCGGGAGCAUUGAUUGCACACACUGGAAAUGGAAAAUUUAUCCGAUAGCAUUGAAAGGGCAAUAUGUCCCGGAUGCUCCUUUCACGGUGAAUGAAAACGAAUACAAAUAUGGAUAUUACCUUACAGAUGGAAUAUAUCCUCAGUAUUCUAGAUUCGUGAAGGCAUUCUGCCACCCGAUUGAAGAACGAGACAAUUUUUUUAAGACAAGACAAGAAAGAGCACAUAAAGGAUGUGAAACGUGCUUUUGGAGUGUUGAAGCUGCUUACCCGGAGUCUGUGGCACUGCUGCCAACGUUCUUGAAUUCCGGCGACCAACAAUUUCACUGUGAAGGAGGUGAUUUUCUCCGACACUGGAUUCAACCUGGUGGUCUUCCUUGCCAUCCCUCCUUCAACGCCUCUCUGUUAUCUUUCAUUGAAAGAGUGAGCACGGAAUGGUUGUCGAGAGCAUUGCAGAUUUUCAGUGUAUGUGGUUUGAGUUGUGGGGAGAAAGAUGGGAUGAAAAAGAUGAUCAGAUAA